UCCGGGUCCAUACUAGAAAAUCUUGUACAUACUCACAAGAUUGGUCCGGGUUAAACUGGUUCGAUUCCACCACACCCAGCCCACAUAUCAAUUUCUCCCCACCCAUCCUCACCCCAACGGUGUCACCUGGGUCACUCCCACCCAGUCCCACCGCACCUUCGGUGUCUGCGUCUUCCUCUUGGAACCCAUCAACGUAACCACUUUCUUUCUUCACUAAACCGUGCCACGUUCACACCCUCACAAUCACAAAACCAAUCAAAUCAAUGGCUUCAACUACACCAAACUCAAACCAAUAACCAUUUUCAUUUCACAAAUCAAUGCUAUGCAUUUCGCAAUGGAUUUCGCAAAACACAUUACCACAAAACCUCCCUUAAUCUUCACACGUCCUUUAACCUGGAUCACUUCCACCACCCCCCGCUACCACCGCCGCCACUUCCCUCCACCACCACCACCGCCACCAGAUUCCAACAAUACUUCACUAACUUCCCUACCUUCUAUCCUCUCACACAAAGUUCUAGAUUCUUCCAAAUGCAAAUCGAUUUUACCGCAUUUAACCUCUCACGAAUUCGACCGCUUAUUCUUCAUUCACCAUUCCACUUUUAACCUCAAAACCACACUCGAUUUCUUCCGUUUCGCUUCUAACCAAUUCAAGUUUCGCUUCACGGUUCGUUCUUAUUGCCUCUUAAUUCGCUUGCUUCUAGCUUCGAGUUUUUUGCCGCGCGCUAGAUUUAUGUUGAAACGUUUAAUCGACGGAAACAUUUACACGCCGUUAGGUAGCAUUAACGAUAGGCUUAGCGAAAUUGCUUCCUCGUUUCUUGAACUGAAUCGGUUAACGGAAGGAAGUCACGGUGAAUUGGAUUUGUUGCUUCAUAUUCUAUGCUCACAGUUUCAGCAUUUAGGUUUUCAUUGGGCUUUUGAUAUCUUCACAUUGUUCACAAGCAAUGGUGUUUUUCCUUCUCUUAAAACCUGCAAUUUUUUGUUGAGUUCUUUGGUGAAAUCCAAUGAACUUCACAAGAGUUAUAGAGUUUUUGACGCGGUUUGUCGUAGUGGUGUUACUCUUGAUGUUUACACUUACGCGACUGCGAUUAAUGCCUUUAGUAAGGGUGGGAAGAUAGAUGAUGCUGUUGGUUUGUUCUUCAAAAUGGAGGAGCAGGGUGUUUUGCCUAAUGUGGUUACUUAUAAUAAUAUGAUUGACGGGUUAUGUAAGAGUGGAAGGUUAGAAGAAGCGUUUAGGUUUAAAGAUAAGAUGGUUGAGAACAAAGUGAACCCUAGUUUAGUCACAUAUGGGAUUCUUGUUAAUGGUUUGAUGAAGUCUGAGAAAUUCGAUGAAGCGAAUUCGGUUUUGGUAGAAAUGUAUAGCAAUGGAUUUUGUCCUAAUGAGUUUGUUUUUAAUGCACUUAUUGAUGGGUAUUGUAGGAAAGGGAAUAUGAAUGAGGCAUUGAGGAUUAGGGAUGACAUGAUGUUGAAGGGGUUGAAACCAAAUGCUGUUACUUUUAAUACUCUUUUACAGGGGUUUUGUAGGAGCAAUCAAAUGGAGCAAGCUGAGAAAGUGUUAGGGUACUUGUUAUCGAACGGUUUGUCUGUUAACGAGGAUGCGUGUUCUUAUGUGAUUCACUUGUUAUGCAAUAGUUCCAAGUUUGAUUCGGCCUUGAAAAUUGUAAACGAGUUGUUGUUGAGGAAUAUUAAGGUUAAUGAUAGCUUGCUAACUUUGUUGGUUUGUGGUCUUUGUAAAUGUGGAAAACAUUUGGAGGCAAUUGAGCUUUGGUUUAGACUAGCUGAUAAAGGGAUUGCAGCAAAUACAGCAACCUCAAAUGGGCUUCUCCACGGACUUUGUGUAAGGGGGAACAUGGAAGAAGUCUUUGCAGUACUCAAAGAAAUGAUGGGGAAAGGUUUGGUACUGGAUGGGAUUUCAUACAACACACUUAUAUUUGGCUGUUGUAAAUCAGGUAAAAUUGAGAAAGCUUUCAAGCUGAAGGAAGAGAUGGUGAAGCAAGGAUUCAAACCAGAUACUUAUACCUACAAUUUCCUAAUGAAAGGGUUAGCUGAUAAGGGUAAAAUAGAUGAUGUUGAUAGGGUUUUACAUGAAGCCGUAGAACAUGGUGUGGUUCCAAAUAUCUAUACAUAUGCACUAAUGUUGGAAGGAUAUUGUAAUGCUGAUAGGAUUGAUAAUGCUGUGAGCUUUUUCAACAAGUUAGUUUAUAAGGAAGUAGAACUUAGUUCUGUUGUUUAUAACAUACUUAUUGCAGCUCAUAGUAAAGCUGGGAAUUUUAUGGAAGCCUUCAAACUCCGCGAUACUAUGAAAAGUAGAGACAUUCUUCCUACAAUUGCCACAUAUUCUUCUAUAAUACAUGGAAUGUGCCGUAGUGGCUGUGUUGAGGAAGCAAAGGAAAUUUUUGAAGAGAUGAGAAAUGAAGGAUUGAUGCCAAAUGUCUUUUGUUAUACUGCUCUAAUUGGUGGUUACUGUAAGUUAGGUCAGAUGGAUGAGGUGCGGAACAUCUUACUGGAAAUGACUUCAAAAUGUAUACAUCCUAAUAAAAUUACCUACACUAUUAUGAUUGGUGGUUAUUGUAAAUUAGGAAAUACGUCAGAAGCGACUAAGCUUUUAAAUGAAAUGAUAACAAAUGGAAUAUCACCGGAUACUGUUACUUAUAAUGUAUUGCAAAAAGGAUAUUGCAAUGAAAAGGAGCUCGAAGAAACUCUUCAAUGCGAUCCUAUGCCUAAUACUGGAGCACCCUUGGAAGAAAUAACGUAUACGACAUUGGCUGACAAGUUGCAUCCACAUACAGACAGAUGCAGCAAUUAGUAAUAAAAAAUAAAGAGGAAACUAUUCAAAACAGUUGACACUUAGUUGAUACCAGAACUCCCGUGGUCGAGACUUCCAUUAUUAAGCUUGAUUUCAAGCUCAUAUUCUUUGAAAGAUGAAGAUUUCAUAUGCUUGAUCUCCAGGCAUGUGGGUUACCAGCAACAGCUGAAGCAACAUACUCUUGACUUGGGUUGCUAGUUGAACAAAGAGCCUUUGAUUUUAAGGUUCUAAUUCAGAAACAAUUGGGCAGCAGAUCUUUCACUGCAAGAUGUUGACUUAGGACCAAUUUUUUUUGGGAUUUCGGCAUAUUUAAUAAGAGCGAUACAGUCAAGCAUCAAUGAAUAUCUUAUCCAUCGUUUCCACUUGUUUUGGAACACUUUGUCAUAUGGUCUCAGAGCAUUGGUUGGAGGCAGAUUUCUUGUGGAUAUUGGAGAUAGCAUCGCAUUAAAGAUUUGAGGAGGCUAAAUGUUCCCAACAAAGCACCAGAGUCACAUAAAGAAAAUAACAAGAAAUUCAACAAAAAGGGGUAUGUGUCCAGUUUCCACCGAAGUAUUGUAUGGCACUUCAGAGAAGAUGGGAACUUGAUGUAGAAAAAGCGACAGCGACAAUUCAGAGACUGUUAGAAUUAUGUACAAGGUGCUUGCUGGUAGCAAGUCUACUUGUUAGACUUCCAAACUUCAGGAUGCCCUGCAUUUUUAAGGAGCAUAUUUGAUUUUUGGGAUGGCUUGUUACAAUUUGGAAGUUAGACUUAAUAUAUGCUUUAGAUAUAUUAAGUUUUAUGAUGUAAGUUUAUAAACUUAAUAUACACGCCGGAUGGCUGGCCAAAUGACAUUUGGUUUUCUGUUUACGUCAUCCCUGGCUGCAAUUUUUUCAAUGACUCUUGUAGAAUUAAAAAAGAAGAAGAGAAGAUAGAUAGGACUAGUGGAAAGAUGAAGGGGAAACCAACAUUUUGAUUGUAGAUAUGCAGCUAAAUCCUUUGAAAAGUAUAAUGUUUUUCCUUAUUCCAGUUGAACUGGUUUUAAAGAAAUGACAGAUAAAUUCAUCUGCUUCAUUCUUUGGGGCAUGUUUUUCCUUACAAAUGAAAAAGAGAUUUUAGUACAUUGCCCGUACUCGUGUACUUAUAUGUAUAAAACGCAUUUCUAAUA